GUGAGUACCAAUCCCGUUCGAUGAACUCAUAAUUUGAGCAUCAUGGAUAAAAACGAAUCAACUACUGAUCUCAUCCUUGACGAUGAUGUUUUAGAGGUAGAGCAGCCAGAGCGCCGUGAAUGGAAGAACCCCAUGGUUAGCGUCGCCUCGUUCUUUUUACUAACGGAUUUAUUUGAGCGUUUCGCAUACUACUCGAUGACUGGAUCUUUAAUCACGUUCUUCACGCGGGAGUUGGGACUGGAAACCAACUUGGCUACACAAAUUCAAUCCACUUUUCAAUCGGUUGUAUACGUAGCUCCCCUAGCUGGAGCUUACCUUGCCGAUGCUACACUGGGUCGUUUCAAGACACUGCUUUAUGCUUACGUUCUGUACGUGGUUGGUGCAGUUGUGAUGACUAUUGCAUCUAUUCCAUCAUUCAAUAACUCCGUUCUAUAUUUUAUCGGAUUAAUCGCCUUGUUCGGUGUUGGUUCUGGAGCAAUCAAGCCUAAUCUGAUCGUCCUUGGUGGUGAUCAGUUUGACGAAACCAUCGAAAAGCAGCUUGCGCAGAAGACAUCCUACUUUAGUUAUUUCUACUGGUGCACGAACAUUGCCGCAUUCGUCGCAUUCUCCAUCAUGGGAGGACUUGCCACUCAGGGUAUGGGCGCUAUCCCUCAAGACUCUUCAUUCUUCUGGUCAUUCGCAAUCAGUACCGUCGCCUUGAUAGCCUCCGUGGGUGCCUUCCUAUUGGGUUCUGGCCGAUACUACAAACCAGUCCCCGCCGGUUCAGCUCUCCCAACGUUCAUGCGCGUGGUCGGAUCUGGAGCAAAACAUACAACUAAAGGAAAGAUAGUUGUUAUCUCAUUCAUCUUUGAGUUGGUGGGUAUGCUGGUGACAAUCGUAUCCUUUUUCAUUAGCACUGCUUGGGUCUCCUACCUAGCUGCAGCCUUUAUCGUAAUCGGUGUGCUUGGUCUUGUCGGUUUUGGACGUACCACUGAAUGGCUCGAGACUGCCCGUGACGAUGGCCAUGCGGACGACAGUGUGGACGAUGCCAGAGCUGUGAUGCGCAUGAUGCCCUACGUUGCGUUCAUUGUUAUCUUCUGGUGCGUUUACAAUCAAAUGAAUGGAAAUUUCCAGGCUCAGGGUUGCCAGAUGAACGACUACGCUAUGGGGUACAAGUGGGCUCCCUCGCAGUUGUCUCUAUUCAAUACACUUGGUUGUCUAAUCUUCAUUCCCAUUUGUGAUGCGCUUCUAUACCCCGGAAUGAACAAGUGCUGGCCGGCAACCUCAUUGCGUCGUGUCGGAAUCGGAUUCGGAGUAUGUGUUGUUGCUAUGUUGAACGCUGGCUUUGUAGAAAUGGCCCGUAAGUCAGCCACUGUGAUGAGUGGACCUGAUGGCGUAUCUUCGUGCUCGCCCUGUAAUUUGACCACUAAGCCUUGCGGUACAGGAGAAACAAUCAAGUACAUGAGUGAUAUUUCCAUCUUAGUACAGAUUCCUCAAUACUUCAUCGUGGGAGUGGCCGAAGUGUUCACAGCCGUUACAUACUAUGAUCUGUUCUACACUGAGGUACCUGAUUCCAUGCGCGCCGUAUGUCAAGCUAUCAAUAUGUUGACCACUUCCCUUGGUACUAUGGUUGGUGGAACUAUCAAUUCCGUACUCAGCGACUGGUUGCCUAAUGAUCUUAACAAUGGACAUAUGGAUUUGGUGUAUUUUGUGAUCGCCGGUCUAGGUAUUGUCAACUUGGCAGUAUUCAUGCUAGUUUCCCCUGGAUUCGUUUACAAGCACGAAUCUGCCGCCGAUGACGAGUCGGUGGCCGAAGAUGCCGUCAACAAGUCCAGACGUGCAUCCGCGCACUCUCUACACCAGUAGAUAAUGAAUAAAUGUUAGUUGCUCGCACUAAUUGGAGUUGAAUAAAAUAAUAUAACCGAACAAAAAA